CGUGGUCGGCCUUCGCAGGACUUGCAUUGCUUGUCGUUCUCUGAUACAAGUUCACUCUUCUCCCAGGCAGAACCUUUUCUAAUAUAAUUAGAACCUGGAUGUCGGUGUUGCGAGCGACCUUGCGGCUAGGAUGCCACCGGAGGGCAGUGACUGGACCAGUUCGCCUAGUGCAGGCAGCCGCCAGAAUAGUGCCGGCCUCUCGUCGUAGCUAUGUCAACACGGCCUCAUUCAAUAGCCACGCAAACGUUGCAGAAAAGGAAACGAUUGUAAAGCUGCUGUACAACAUUGGAUCCCGCAAGGAGGUUGAACAAUACCUUCGACACUUCUCCAGUGUGGAAUCGCAUCAAUUCGCCGUCAUCAAAGUCGGCGGGGCCGUUCUUACCGAUGAUCUCGACACCUUGGCUUCAUCGCUUACAUUCCUUCACCGUGUGGGACUCUACCCCAUCGUGAUCCACGGGGCUGGACCACAGUUGAACGAUUUGUUGGAGAAGGCGGGAGUUGAGCCAGACUACAUUGAGGGAAUCCGCAUCACCGACGCAAAGACGUUGGAGAUUGCGCGAAGGGUAUUCCAAGAGGAAAAUUUGAGGCUGGUAGAAGCGUUGGAAAAGCUUGGUACCCGUGCGCGGCCCAUCAACGGGGGUGUCUUCACGGCGGACUACUUGGACAAGGACAAGUACAAAUACGUCGGCAAGAUUAGGAGCGUCAACAAGGAGCUGGUGGAGAGCUCCAUUCAAGCAGGAGCGUUGCCGAUCUUGACCAGUCUGGGCGAGACCCCGUCUGGCCAAAUCCUCAACAUCAAUGCGGAUGUAGCGGCUGGAGAGCUAGCACGCGUCCUGGAGCCGCUCAAGAUCGUGUACUUGAACGAAAAGGGUGGUUUGUUCCAUGGGGAAACCAAGAAGAAGAUCGACAUCAUCAAUCUCGAUGAGGAGUACGAUGAUCUCAUGAAGCAGUCAUGGGUGAAGUACGGAACGAAGUUGAAGAUUCGCGAGAUCCACGAUCUUCUUAUGCACCUUCCGCGCUCAUCCUCAGUCUCCAUCAUCUCUGCCGAACAUUUACACAAAGAGCUCUUCACACAUAGCGGAGCAGGGACCCUCAUCCGUCGCGGCCACCGCGUGAGCCGCACCAACGAUGUCUCCAAGUUGGACUCUGACAGGCUGAGGAGCCUCCUGGAAGACAACGACCCGGACGUCUUGCAAGGCAACACAUCCAUCGCAAAGUACUUGCAGGGUCUUGCGGAGCGGGACGUGCAGAUCUACAGUGAUGCCGCAUUUGAUCUGUUCGCUGUCGUGGCCCGCCCGCAAGGCGACAAUGGCAUCCCUUUCCUGGAGAAGUUUGUGGCCAACAAAACGGCGGUGCUCAACAACGUCACGGACAAUGUGUGGCAAAUGAUUAAGAAGGACUUCCCGAAUCUGACGUGGAUGUCCGCAAAGGACGAUUCGAACAAGACGUGGUACUUUGAACGGGCAGAUGGAAGCUACUCGUUCGAGGACAGGACGUUGUUUUGGUAUGGCAUCCAGAACUUGGAGGAUGUGCAAGGGCAUCUCAAGGCGUUCUCCAAAGGGAGCCCGUCUCCCAUCGGCCCUACUUCAUCAAACAUCGCGUCCGCAUGGGAAGGAGGAGUCGGGCCAAGCUACGCAAACAUUGGUGGCGUGCGCACUUACUCCACCACCCGACCAGCGCGGGCAACGAUUGCACCGACCUCUGCUUCAUCCGCAAAGACGCGGAUUGGACUUAUCGGCGCUCGCGGAUACACCGGCCAAGAGCUCAUCAAGCUCAUCGACAACCACCCAUCAGCGGAGCUAGCGUACGUGUCAUCCCGCGAAUUGGUAGGCAAGCCGUGCGAGCACUACAAACGCUCGGAAGUCAUCUACACCAACCUGUCGCCCGCCGACCUGCCCCGUAAAGAAGAUGUCGAUUGCUGGAUCAUGGCCCUCCCCAACGGCGUGUGCAAGCCAUUCGUCAACGCCUUAAUCCCCUCGUCGUCCACAUCAUCAUCGUCCCCACACCCUCUCAUCCUCGACCUCAGCGCCGACUACCGCUUCAGUCCCGACUGGACAUACGGCCUCCCAGAACUCAACUCCAACCGCACCAAACUCCUCCAAGCUCGCAAAGUCUCCAACCCCGGCUGCUACGCCACCGGCUCGCAACUCGCCAUCGCCCCGCUCCUCCCCCACCUCGACCCGCACGCCCCACCCACCGUCUUCGGUGUCUCCGGCUACAGCGGCGCAGGCACCUACCCCUCCCCCAAAAACGACAUCAACAACCUCCGCGACAACCUCAUCCCCUACGCGCUCACCGACCACAUCCACGAGCGCGAGAUCGGCCACCAUCUCGGCGGGAUCUCCACCGCGUUCAUCCCGCAUGUCGCGCAGCAUUUCCAGGGGAUCUCGCUUACGGUCUCUAUCCCACUCAACAAGCGCAUGGAGGCGAGGGAUGUUGAGGAGAUUUUUAGGCAGGCGUAUAGGGAUGAGAAGCUGGUGAGGGUGUUGGGUGGCGGGGAGGUCCCGGAGGUUAAGCACAUUGCUGGACGGCAUUAUGUGGAGAUUGGGGGUUUCAAGGUGCAUUCCGGGGGAAGGAGGGUGGUGGUUGUGGCGACGAUUGAUAAUUUGUUGAAAGGGGCUGCGACGCAGGCUGUUCAGAACAUCAACCUGGCAUUAGGCCUCGGUGAAUACUCUGGCAUCCCGUUGCCCCAGUAAAAAUCACCUCACCACGACUUCAUUUCGCCAAUGCCCCUAAUACACAGACUCCAUCUCCGACUACUUCAAUAAAUCACUUUCAUCUGUUCCGCAUUACAAUAGCUACUGUACCACGCCCCUCUCAUACACACACCUCAGCUGCGAUUUGCUUUCAAAAUUGUGAAUUCUGAGUAUAGCCUACAUAGCAUCAGCGACCUCACG